AUGCUGGACCAGGUAUUCCGUCAUCUCGUUCAGUACGCCGACGAGAUCAAGAAUUCCUCCAAGCCUUCAAUUGAAUGCACGCUAUUCAAGGGUCUGGAGAAGAUGCAAAUCUCCCAUACCAAUGAACCCAGUCUGACGGCGGAAUAUCGCACUUCAUCGCCAAUCGAUUUCUCGGCUCCCAGUGCCUCCAAUCCUACUCAGGGAGGUUCAUCGUCCUCCAAAUUCUCAAGUGAGGGGCUCGAUCCAGUGGAUUGCUUGCGGUAUUCAUCCGAAUUCCACUUCCCCCAAUGCUCCCCCGAAUCCAUCUCUUCGCCUCCUUUGUUCUCAUUCGAGCAUGCCAAUAUCGCCAACGAAUGUAACUCUAUUGGCUCGGCAGCCGGGUCCUCGCUUGAGGGAAGCUCACCAGAGACAGACCCAUUCUGUAUCUCAAGCCCGGAACACUCGCGAGUGUCAUCCGACAAUGGGGCAGUUGAAGGGGCGAGUCCUCUCAAGUCAUUCGAUCCGUUUUCGGAUCCUUUAUUCUAUCUUCCAUUCCGUCCGAGAGGAGGUGGGAGUGAGCACGCGAAGCGCUUCUCUAGCAUGUUAGAGCAUCGUCAAAGGCGACUGGGCGAGAAUGACGAGCGCCAAACCGAUUGGAUGACACCCAGUGUCAACUAUCGAUCUACAGAGCCAAUCUCAAGAAUUCCGAGCAUGGAUGCCGACGCCAUACCUCCUCCGACAAAUGUAUUUGUCGCUAACUUUCCAUCACAUUGGAGUAAAAGCGACCUUUGGGACCUUUUCGAAGGAAUCCCAGUGACCACUGUUCAUGUCCUACCCGAAAAGCGGGCUCCAGGUGAAGAAUCGGUGUAUGGGGGUACUGGCUUCGUAAACAUCACCCGCGCCAGCGAUGCCCACGCGUUGCUGGCAAUGCUCGAUAAGAAGAUAUGGCUGAUCGAUGGAAGUGCAUUGAAGUUUCGUUUGGCAAAUUCCAGCCCACCGACUGAACCUGCAAACUUUCAAGUUCCAAAGAAAAACAGGACAGUCAGGCGACACCAGCAUAAGGUGAUUGACCGUUUGAGGGCAGAACAAACCGUGGGUAACAAACAACUCGCGUGUUGUGAUCGACAUCAGAUUGUUGUCUAUCAGAACAUCUCGCCAAAGAAGACGGCGACUCCAACUCUAUCGGUCGUUCACGGCAGCCGACAGCGCAAUACGCAAUUCGUCUGCAAUGCCACUGAAACCAGCUUGGCGACAAGCGUAACCCAACGACCCUUCCUGGAGUACUUGAAGACUUAUCUCAACCGUCGGAAUCGUUACAAUUCCCAGCAGAUUGUCGUGUCUUCCUUGAAGCCAAACGCGGCAAACGUUCUCUCCCCGCCUGCCUUGCAGCAGGUCGUCUCCAGCCCGCCGAAUCAAGCCACUUCCGUGAUUAAGAGACCUGAUUUCAAUCCCUACACAUCUGUGCACUCUGGGAAUUGCUUCAGAACUGCGGGCAUCGCGCCGGGUCUAGACGCCCUCCCCCAAGGAGUCGCUUGCCCCCCCUCCACCUCUUAUUACUCUUGGGCUUCGGACGUUCAUUCAAAUAUGUUGAUGUACAACCAAGCAAGCCGACCUUCCCUUUCAGUUCGUUGGAUACCCGCGCCUCAUGCUGUACAUCCGCAACCUCAUUUCUCGCAGUUAUUCCAAGGACAUGAAACUUCACCCGUAUUUCUAGCACCUUUUCUAUGA